UUGAGUCGUAUGACGUUGCGUCUCAGAUCUUUUCGAUUUCGGAUACUUUUUGAGUGUUUUACACGUAAAUGUACGUCAUUUUAAGGGAAAAUUAGCUUCUACAAAGUUCCAAAAGAUGCCUGUUGUUAUAAAGAUGAAAGGAUUACCGUUUGAAUCAACGUCAAAGGACAUCCAGUUGUUCUUUGAGGGACUUUAUCUCAAAGAGGAAGAYAUCCAUCUCGCUGCUUAUAAAGAUGGAAAAGCUUCAGGAAUAGCUUUUGCUGUGUUUCAAAACGACGAAGAUGCAAGGCAGGCAAUGUUUAGGAAUGAGAAAUACAUGGGAAAGAGAUAUAUUGAGUUGUUCUUGAGUAGUUCGUCUGAAAUGACCUCAAUGCUAGACGAUGGAGUGCCUGAUCCUAGACCUACUAAGGGCAAACGAAAUGAGUCAAGCGAAGACCAAAGGCAAAGGGAGAGGGAUAGAGACAACCAGUUGAGGUCUAGAAAUAUCUCAGACAGGCGUGGAAGACCACAGAAUCGUCCAGAGGAUGACAGAAAGGGGUUCAGUGCUAGAAUGAGAAGCAGAAGUCCAAAAGAAAGAAGACCUGAUAGGGAAGGGGGACGCGGAAGGGAUAGGCCAGGAGAUAGUUUCAGAAGUAGGGGUAAUGACAGAAGAGGUUCAAAUUUUGGUCGUGAUGAGAGGCAUGUUGAAGUAACGUCUAAUCUCAGUCUGCCAAUGUUCAGUUUGGCUGAGAAUAUUGGAAGAAGUAUGGGGCUUGGUAGUGGCAGGAUAUCGGUUGGGGGAAAUAUGGCUCCUGGGGCAAGGUUUGACAGGGGUACUGCAGGAGACUCUUUUGGUAUUGGCAAUGGUCAACCCAGGAAAAGCUUCAGAGAGGAAUCGUCUGCUGGGAAGAGAGAAAGGCMAAGGGGUGGUGAUCCUCUUAUGGAUGAAGUAUGUUGUCAUCUUAAUGGAUUACCUUUUAUAAUCUCAGAAGCAGAUGUUACAUCUUUCUUCAAAGGUCUUGAUGUUGUGCUUGUCAAGUUUUUACACCACCCGGAUGGUAAAUUUGUUGGUAGAAAGACAGGGGAAGGUUAUGUAGAAUUCAGAUCAAUYCGUGAUGCAAAGCAAGCUGAAAAGAAGCACAGGCAGAAACUGGGCCAUAGAUUUAUAGACAUCYGCCUCACAACUAAACUAGACAUGAUAAAAGCAGUGGAGAAGAACGAUACMGAUAUCAAAAAGGCUGACYUGAUUAGUGGUAGUGCAAGAAGUGGUGGYGCYGUUAGUGAUCUGGCUGUCAAUAUUAAUCAAAAUCUUCUAAGGCAGGCUCAAACCACUUCCAGGAUGAUGGAUAGAGGGCCAGAUUUAUCAAGCCUUGGYCUUCCUCUUGCAGGAUCAUAUGGUAUAUCGGCAGACACACUAGAARCUCAAACAAUAAACACRUURAGCCARCUUGCGUCAACAGCCAAGAUUAACCCAGAUGAUGUUGCAGCUGGAUGCGUUGUGGGUAUUCGUAACUUGCCAUCGUCUAUCACMGCUAAUGAGAUCAUUGAUUUCUUCUAUGGUUACCAUGUGUUCCGUGAUUCAGUACGCAUCCAUUACCUCGCUCCUGGCAGGUCAUCGGGUGAUGCAAUGAUAACACUGCGUAACAGCAAAGAGGCAAUGGMUGCCAUACAAGAUCUUAAUCAUAAGUAUGUUGGAAAGCGAAGUGUGCAAUUAUUCCUGGUAUAAAAACACUUUUCAAUGUUUACCUUAUGAGGACUCUUAUUAGAGAAAAUUUUUUUGCUUUUUACAUACAUUUGUAUCUGAAGGACUGUUAAAGCUACAAGUACAUCAUUCAGACUUUAUCUGAAAACGAAGACACAAGAAAGAGACUGUUUUUCAGUAGCGUAUGUAACUAUAUGAAAGGCCAGCAUUGGCAAGCAGUGGUUUGUCAAGGCUGUAGGCAUACCAGCCUGUAGCUGUCUUAUUGUCUGAAGACUGGCUAAGGUACCACAUUUAACUCAUUUCACAAUAGAUUAUACAAUAGUGUAAUUACAAGCAUCUUUGCUCCAAAUUUGUCCAUGUGAUAAUUGAUUASGUGUUGAUUGUCWCAGUUCCUCUUGUUUAGAGGGUCAUGUUGGCAUAAAUUGGGCUAACAUUAGACUUGCAAGCAAAUKAUCAGCUAUUGAAAAUUAACUUUUAUGAUAAAGUAAUACAUAUCUAGACUUUUUGUACACGUUUGUUAACAAGUAUUACUUGAGUAAACCAUGAAACUUGUGGCUA